AGCAGGGCCUUGCCUUUGUGGUUGUAGAAAGAGAAGAUGGCUCCCGUUCUGGAGAAACAGCUCCCGGGCGCAGCCGGGGCAAGCGACAACAACAACGAAGAGGAAGAAGGACAAAACCUUUGGUCCUCAAUACUGAGUGAAGUUUCUACUCGCUCCAAUUCAAAGUUGCCAUCAGGAAAGAAUAUCCUGGUAUUUGGUGAAGAUGGAUCAGGAAAAACGACACUCGUGGCCAAACUUCAAGACACCGAUCACAGCAAGAAAGGGAGGGGACUGGAGUAUCUGUACUUAAAUGUCCAUGAUGAGGACAGAGAUGACCUUACUCGGUGUAACGUGUGGAUCCUGGAUGGGGACCUGUACCACAAAGGCCUACUUAAGUUUGCUGUUUCGGCUCAGUCACUACGUGAUUGUCUAGCGGUGUUCGUUGCGGAUAUGUCACGGCCCUGGACCAUUAUGGAAUCACUGCAGAAGUGGGCUAGCGUGCUACGUGACCAUGUGGACAAGCUCAAGAUCCCUCCUGAAGACAUGAGAGAACUGGAGCAGAACAUGGUGAAAGCCUUCCAAGAGUACACAGAACCGGAGGAUGCCACCCCAGCCUCCCCACAGAGACGGGCCCCGACAGCAGGGGAAGACGAGGCCGUCGUGCUACCACUUGGAGACAACACACUCACACACAACCUGGGCAUUCCAGUGCUAAUAGUUUGCACAAAGUGUGACGCAGUCAGCGUAUUAGAGAAGGAGCAUGACUACAGAGAGGAGCACUUCGAUUUCAUCCAGUCCCACAUCAGGCGAUUUUGCUUAGAAUAUGGUGCUGGCUUGAUCUACACCUCGGUCAAAGAGGAGAAAAACCUGGAUCUGCUUUACAAAUAUAUAGUACAUAAGAUGUAUGACUUCCAGUUCACCACACCUGCCUUAGUGGUGGAGAAGGAUGCAGUGUUCAUUCCCUCUGGUUGGGAUAAUGAGAAGAAAAUUGGGAUUUUGCAUGAAAACUUUACAACGGUGAGACCUGAAGAUCCAUUUGAAGAUUUUAUCACAAAGCCUCCAGUACGAAAGCUGGUUCAUGACAAAGAGAUAAAUGCAGAGGAUGAGCAGGUAUUCCUGAUGAAGCAACAGUCUUUGUUAGCGAAGCAGCCGGCCACACCAACAAGAGGAGCAACCGAGUCUCCAGGACGGACAACCUCCGGUUCCCCCAGACCUGCGGGUCGCGCUGGCCAACCCACUGUGCCCGGUGGCUCACCGAUGGCUGCUGUCAAAAAGCCUGACCCUAACAUGAAAGGCGGGGCUGCCAAUGAGGGAGUGCUGGCUAACUUCUUCAACAGUCUGUUGAGUAAAAAGACUGGAGCCCCAGGGAGCCCCGGGAGCCCAGGAGCUGGAGCGGUUGGAGCUGGAGUGCAAGGGUCCGCCAAGAAAACAGGGCAGAAGCCGGGUUUGACUGAUGUCCAGGCUGAGUUGGACAGGAUGACUCGCAAACAAGACUCAACGGUUUCAGCUAACAACAUACCACCGCCGACAGAGAACGAAGCGUAAAGGCAACAAAAACAGCUGCAUCGUCCACUGCGUUAAUACUCUGGAAAAUUACAUGUACUUGUGAGCAUAAAAAAAAGAAAUUGACCAAAUUCCCAAUGUCUAUAUCAGUCAGCACACACACACAGUGGUUUCACCUAAAUGAGUUUCGGAUGCUGUCAGAUAAUUUGGUGUUCUGGUGAGAUGGGAAGAGAGAGAUCAAAGAGAUGGAGGUGUUAAUGAGAUGAUAAGUGCUGAAGGCUUGGCUUUAUUUCUGUCCUCUCUUCCACUGUAAAUGUUAUUUUGUGAGGGAUGUCAGUUUAUGGAAAUGUGUGCACACUCCCUGGCAACCAGCCUGAUGCGCUGGGCUGCAGGCCCCCCAGUUUCUGGGGUUAAACACCAACUCCUCAUGGGUUUAAAGAGUGGAAAUAUACUGUUCCGGUGGCCUCUGGUUCAGUUUAUCUCAUGGAAGGAAUUUGGUUGUGAUUGGAAAGGUAUUUAAACUUUAAAUAGAUGAAUUGAGAAAGUCAUUAAAAUACUUGCAAACAUAUGUAGUAUGUAAAAAUUGUUGGAUAUGAUACUGUUGUAUUUAUACAAAGUUCCUCCUUUUUAUUUUAUUUUUGUGCACCAUUUAUUGGGUUUAUGGAAGCAUUCAUCUGUAUCACGUAACAUGUUAAAAUGCCACUGACGUCAUGACACUAAUGAGAUGUCCAGAUAGCUGACAGCAUAUCAUAUCAUUCGCCCUAGUCAUCUCGAAGGAUUCUGUAAAUAUUAAUACGAAAAUUCUAUUCAGGUUCACUUUGAUUUUGUAUAAAAAUGCAAUCCUGUUCAAAUUCUGAAAAUGGCUUCUUUGACUAAAUGAGACUGGUUGGGAUUUGACAGGCUUUGAGGUUGCAACAGAAUCGCUUCUUUAGCUACAGGUGUGUAUAUUUGGGGAGGGUGGUUGGGCAGCAUCUUUCCUACUAUAACUCCCAAGUGCCUCGCACAGUUAGCUGUUUGUGUCAUAGUAGAUGUGCUUGUCUACAUAAGAGGAAAUGCACUGUAGCACCAUCGGUUAAAAAGGUUUUUUUGUCCAUUUUUUGUCAUCCAAAUAAUUUAUUUCUUUUUACAUUUUUGUUAAUGUACAACAAGCCUGUGGUUUCUAUUAUUUUUCACAAAUAAGAUUUCUGUGGCCUAGUUGAUAGUGUUCAUUAGAGCAAUAGAUUGAAUGCCUUCAUACAAACUGUAAAGGCUGCUGAUAUUAAGAAAAAACCACGUGAUGGAACUUUUUGGUCCCCCAGAUGAACACUUGCUGUGGUUGAAACCAUUUGCUUCGCAGCCAAAACACACACACUCACACAAACACUCACAUACACACACACACACAAUGAUUUGCUGUGGUUUGAACAAAAUGAAAUAUUGUAUCAUUCAGUGUUUAACAGCACUGUGGUCCUUUUUGGUGUCACGUUUUCUUCACACUGUACUUCGCAUGUCAGUUAAAACAUUCCCAGUUUCUACAUGAAGUAGCUGUAGAGAUGUCCCUGUAGGAAACCUGUUUUUCAAGUCAGAUUUUUUUGGUUUGGUCUCUUUCAGUGCCCGAUUUAAAACAACGACCUUUUGCCUUCAAUGUACAGCUAAUAGUUUGUCACACUGGGCGCCCUGCCUUCACAGGAUUGCUCCUAAUUAAUUUGUGUGUCCUUAAGGGGUUGCUUAAUUGUCUUAUGUAAUUUCUUUUCUUUAAAAAAAAAAAAAAAAAAAAAUUAAAACCAUUAUACUGUACCAUAUCAGAUAAUCUGUAAUAAUACGUAUGGUUUCAUGACACCAUAAUCUAAUCAAAAUGAAUUAAGUGUACAUUAUCAUUUUUAAGUCUGAAUGCAAGGCCCUACUUAAUCCUAUGGAUAUUGUUUAUCAGUAGCUUUCACAGAUGUCAUGGUAAAUGUGAAGAGAGCAGCUAUUUGCUAUUCAACUGGAGUGAAUUGGAACAUGGAACCAAAGAUGCAUAUUAUUCUCUAUUUUCAGCUUUUAUAGUCGGUAGUCAUCCAUAAGAUUAACCAGUGGCCAUUUUUCUCCUCUCUUUCAUUGAGCACUUGCAUUCCAAACUUAUGGUCUGCCUUUUUUUUUUUUUUUGCAUACCACCCUAUAAAAAUGGUAGAAAUGCCUUAGUCCACUCAACCAUAUCUGCUAUUUCAGGAGUUGGAAGGAAAAGAAAUACCAUAAUUGUGUUACAGUUGUUUAAAAUGGUGCAAUGCAAUUACGGUUUAAUAUCAUUUCUAAACAAUUUGCUCUUUGAGGGAAUAACCACCAGACCAUAUUUGUGUACAGUCUACUUUAUGCAUGAUUUGAUUUGUUGUUAAAGUGAUGCUCCACAAUUGCUCUGGGUUUAUUUUUGAUCAAAAUUAAGCUCUUAUUGUUUUUAUUUUUUCCUUUUUUUUGUGACUGGGUGGAAUGUGCACCUGAGGGUCUGUUGCCGAAGUGGAUGAAAUACAAUUAUAAGAACAGCCAGGAGCAGUACCACCACAUGUUGAAAUACGCACUUUUCCAUGGACACUUGUAUCAAUUCCCUGUUGCUACAGUUUAAAGAUACAAAAUGCAUAUUUUCCUUUUUGCCUUGCCUUUUAGAACAUUUAGUAAUGAAUUUAGAAGUUAACCUACUCAGUAAAAUUGCAUUAUUUAUCUGCAGUUGCUGCUUAAGUUAUGGAAGGUGCCCCUUGUGGUUAACUAUGGAAUAACACCCUUUCUGCUGAUGGUAUUGUGAUUUUUAAUAUCAAUCCUCUAGAAAUCAUUGUACAAGGGAUAUUUUUGGGACAUCUUGAUGUAGAUAAACCAAAUAAAUGUCCAUUCAUUUUCAGGUUUGUCAUUUUUUUGCCCAUGAAACGUCCCUAGAUUGUGUUUACAUCCUAAUAGACAUGUUUUUGUUGUCAAAUAUGGUUUUGCCCAUAAGACACUUUCUGUUUAAAGGAAUAUUGACCCCACCAAUUUGUCCUACUGAAACGUGGCCACACUUUUUAAAAUUGGUAUUUAGCUGAGUGGAAUGAAGCGCUCUUAUGCUGCUUGGUUUCAGAGUUGCACCUACUCUUUGUAAAGAUUUGGAUGUUGCUUCCAGGAUUGAAUAAUGAACAGAUGUUGUAACUUUUGUACUCAAACGUCAGUUGAAAGCAACUGCCUCCUCACAUCUUAACUGAAUUGCCUUCAACCACUAUCGACAGUCUACAUCUAUAUAAGACUAAGAGCUUCUGCUUCCAGUCCUUUUAUAUCCAGGAUAUCAAGACAUUGUAAGCACAUGGCUGGCUGCAUUUUUGUGUCCUGAAUUCAUUCAGAAGUUUGAUUGUAUGACUUUAACACAACUCUGUAGCCUCCUAGCUGCCAUGUGGAUUCUAGCUUCUUAUGCCGACAAAGAUAAGGAACAUGUUUAUCAGACCCCUGGCUUCAAUAAAACCA